CUUGACAUUGAUGCGCUAGCAUUUCAUACUGUGCUUUUAUUCGGGCAGCAAGAAGAUGAAGUUCGGGAAGGAGUUCACGGCACAGAUGGUGCCGGAAUGGCAGGCAGCAUAUAUGGAUUACAAUUAUCUCAAGACACAGCUGAAAGAAAUCCAGCGUUUUCAUGCAAGGGAUAGGGCACCGGCUCGGUUGGUGAAGCGAACGUCAUCGCUUUACAGAGCUUUCAGUGGUCUAAUACAGAGACAGAAGUCACAAAACCAACCCACAAACUUAACCUCGCCAGACGCGGAGAGCCAAGUCAUUGUGGUGAAUUCUGUGGCCCAAGAUGGCUCACAGGGCUACGAGACUAGGUUUUUUAUGUCGGGAGAAGAAGGAGGAGAAUACGAGCUGGUGUUUUUCAGAAGGCUAGAUGAUGAGUUCAAUAAAGUUAAUAAGUUUUACAGGUCUAAGGUGGAGGAGGUCUUGAAGGAGGCUGACGUGCUGACCAAGCAAAUGAAUGCCUUGAUUGCUUUUCGGAUAAAAGUGGAGAAUCCAAAUGGUUGGGCUGAUAGGUCAAAUGAGAUUACUCGCCUUUCUUCUGAUGUUGCAGCUUCAUCGGCUGCAUUGUCAGCCUCCGCUCCAUCUGGGGCCAGAGCAGCAAGCAGAAGAGUUUUCAAGGACUUUCUACUAGAUGUCGAACCCACCAGCAGGAGGAGGCAACCAGAUGAAUCGAGCGAUGGAAAGGAUGAAACCAAGGAGGACAAUGCUAUCCACCAAAACAUUGAGAAACAGAAGCCAAAUAACUUCAGGGCAGCUAGACCUGCUCCGUUACAAAUACUCGAACGUUUGAAAAUCAACAACACUCUUGAGACUCCUCGAUCAACCAUUAAAGGCCUCCUCAAUAUUCCCAAGUGGACAGAGCCAAACUUCAAUACAGAGUGUCUGAAGAAAGUUGAACAACGGCUUAAGCAGGCUUUGGUUGUAUUUUAUAACAAGCUGCGGCUUCUAAAGAGCUACAGCUUCUUGAAUACCAUGGCAUUGUCCAAGAUCAUGAAGAAAUACGACAAGAUCACGUCAAGAAAUGCAUCAAAAGCUUACUUGAAAAUGGUGGAUAGCUCCUACCUUGGUAGCUCUGAUGAGGUAACCAAACUCAUGGAAAGAGUGGAAGCCACAUUCAUCAAACAUUUCUCAAAUGCAAACCGCAGUAAAGGCAUGAGCAUAUUGAGACCAAAAGCAAAGAGAGAAAGGCACAGAGUAACAUUUUUCAUGGGUUUCUUUUCUGGAUGCACAGCAGCUCUGAUAGUGGCUCUUGUUUUGAUUGCACGGGCUCGCAACUUCAUAGAUCAUCCAGGGGCAACCCAGUACAUGGAAACCAUGUUUCCCCUUUACAGCCUGUUUGGAUUUUUUGUCCUACACAUGCUUGUGUAUGCUGCUAAUAUUUACUUCUGGAGGCGGUACCGAGUCAAUUAUUCAUUCAUAUUUGGUUUCAAGCAAGGAACAGAGAUGGGCUACCGAGAAGUUCUCCUCCUCAGCUUUUGUCUGGCAACGCUAGCCCUGGCUAGUGUGGUCUCAAACCUCGACAUGGAAAUGGACCCCAAAACGAAGGACUAUAAAGCAGUCACUGAACUUAUCCCUCUGGUACUAGUUGUGCUUGUACUUAUCAUACUCCUCUGCCCAUUCAACAUCAUCCUUCGCUCAAGUCGAUUCUUCUUCCUCACAUGCUUAUUUCACUGUCUCUGUGCUCCUCUUUACAAGGUCACACUCCCAGAUUUCUUCUUGGCAGAUCAACUCACUAGCCAGUUGCAAGCCUUUAGGAGCCUGGAGUUCUAUGUUUGCUACUAUGGUUGGGGAGACUACAAACUCAGACAGAACACUUGCAGCACAAAUGAUGUCUUCAAAGCCUUCUCUUUCAUUGUAGUUGCAAUUCCAUACUGGUGUCGCCUCUUUCAGUGCCUGCGAAGGCUGUUUGAGGAGAAGGAUCCGAUGCAAGGAUACAAUGGGCUGAAAUAUUUCUCGACCCUGGUUGCCAUUAGUGUGAGGACAGCUUACAGCCUUGACAGGGGGAAAAUAAACUGGAACAUUAUGGCCUGGAUUUUCUCGGUCAUUGCAGCAAUCUGUGGUACAUACUGGGACCUGGUAGUUGACUGGGGGCUUCUGCAAAGGCAAUCCAAGAACCGCUGGUUGAGAGACAAACUCCUCAUCCCCUACAAAAGCGUAUAUUUUGGAGCUAUGGUGCUGAAUGUUUUGUUGAGAUUUGCCUGGUUACAGACAGUGUUGAAUUUCCAGGUCUCUUUCCUACAUAGGGAAGCCAUGAUUGCAAUUUUUGCUAGCUUGGAGAUCAUCCGUCGUGGCAUAUGGAAUUUCUUCAGGUUGGAGAACGAACAUUUGAACAAUGUGGGUGCAUACCGCGCAUUCAAGUCAGUACCAUUACCCUUCAACCAUGAUGAGGAUGAUGACAAAGAUGAUUAGGCUAUAGAAAUAGUUUCCAAAGAGCGUAUAAAAAAAUAGAAGAAUGUUCAGCAAAUGUCCAAGUGGGUAGAAGCAGCACAAAAAUGUCAAUUCCUUGUGAAUGUAAUUCUAUUCAAUUGACUCAUAAUCGCAGUUCUUUUGUCCUAUGCCA